AUGCCCAUCUCUCAAGAACAACAUCAGUAUCGCCUUCAUAUCGGUGGUAUAGCGCCAUCAGUCUCAGCCGAAGAAAUCGAAAGGCGAUUCUCAUCUUUUGGAAAGGUCAUUGCCGUAGAUGGAAUAGGCAAAUUGGACGCCAACGGUAGCGUCCUACGUUAUGGAUUCUUGGAAUUAGAGACAACUCAACAACAACUCAAUAGAUGCAUGAAUCUGCUAUCCGGUACGACUUACAAAGGACAUACUAUGCGAAUCGCGUUAGCAAAGCCUAAUUAUAUAGAGAGAGCUGCGCUCGAAAAAGCUGGAAUUUCUAUUGAAACCUUGGAUGAGAAUCCGAUAGAAGAGCUUGAAAAUGCAGCCAUAGUUCUUGCUGCAAAGCGUCGACGUAAACUAAAAAAAGGUGUUGACGGCUACGAAGGCGAGAAUUGGCAAUUGAUGACUGUCAAGCGUUUCAAGAAACACGAUGGUGUCUUUGUGGGUUUUUAUUUAUGUCCAUUAUUUGCGUCGAGUACCGCUGAUAAUGAUUCGCCUCAUCACAUCCAGGGCUGGAAAAAGGAUCCUGCGACCUCGUUGCCUAUAUUUCCCUUGAUCGCUCGCCCCGCUAGACCACUUCCCCCACUGGCUCCCGAAAAAUCCGACGUAGAAGCAGAUGUCACAGUUCAGCCCGUGAGCUCAAAGCCCCUGACAAGGGCUCGUAGAGUCCGGAUUGAUCCUGCAUCAUACCGUGCUGCUAUCAAUGGUCGGAACACUCAUCUCGUUGGACCAAGGGCCAUCUCAAUCGAACUCUAUCGUCUCGGGCAUCGCGCUGGAGCCAAAGACACCAAAAUCAAGGACAUGAAUAGAAAAAUAUGGGAGUGUGAGCAUCUCGAUGGCAAAGUCAUCUGGCGUCUCAAAGACGGUCAAGACGUUGAAGUUGAGGAAGAAGUUCAACUACACUCUUACACCAAUCCCAGUCUGCCUAUCAACGACGUCAAAGACUCGAACCACGAUAAUCCUACAUCUUCUCAGGCAAUUUCAGCCACAACAUCAAUUCCUCUCUCAGUGGACCCCGGUGUGGUAAAGAGUCCAGUUGCCGUUCAGAAACCUGUUACCUCCACCCUCACUGCGGAGCGUCAGUCUUACCUCGAGAUCCUUCGAAAACUCGAGCCCCGACCUCCUUCUCCUCGGCCAGACAUCUCUCAUGUCAAUAUCGCCAUUUUAGACGACAUGUCGGCGGAUGAUUCUCGAGGCGAAGAAGUUGUUGAAGUGAUCAAUGGUAACUUCCAUCACUCUACCACCAUGGAUGCGCAACAGGAAUAUCCACCAUACUCUACGUCCGAGUCAGAGGCUGCUCAGAGCGGUUCACCCGAUCCGUCUGUACUCCGAUUGAAAGGUGGAGCACCGCAAUCCACAAAACGUAAAAAGAAAUCUCGCCCCAGUUCUCAAUCGGCAACCGAAGAAGUAUCAUCAGUAGAGGUCUCUCAGAUGGAUAUAGAUACGGAUCAUGGUCUCACUUCGCAAGUUCAGGAGACCGGAGAAUCUACUGAAAUGAGUCCAGACUUGGAGGCGGAGCGUAAGAGUUAUCUACACAUGGCGAAAGAGAUCACGUCUCUUCCUUCCAACAACAACGAAGUCUUGGAAGAAGUUGGCCCAGGCUAUAGGGCGGUAGUGGAGAGACAAAAAGCGAAAGAAGCAAAAAAUAGGAUGGAUAUGGAUACGGAACCACAGGAUGAUGAUGCUAUCGAAUUCGUGCCUCAAACGGACAUCUCUAAUUUGAUCACAAAACCUAUGAUCGAAGGAAUCAAAGACAUCAAACAAACACCACAUUCUGAAGUACAACUAUCAACUUUGAGUGAUAUGUUUAAAGCUAAGGAAACUGAUCAGAUUGGCUUCACGUUGCAAGAUGCAUUAAUCGGAGUCGAACUAGAAGCCGAAAACAUGGAUGACGUCGAACUUUCCUUACCAGAUCCCGUCGUUUCACAUGAUACGAGAUCAAGAAGUAGUCAUCGAAUCAAUUCAUCAAUUCACCCUUCCCGUAUGGCACUCAAAGACUCUGAGUCUACCUCUCUAAACGUCAAAGCAGAUACUCAGAAUAGAAAGCAUUUGUUUUUUCCUUUACCUGUUGAAGAGGAUGAUACUCUUGGUUUGCCUAAGUCGGUAUUUGAGAAUCUUAGAGAUCAAAGUUCUUUGACAUGUUGGAGAACAUUCAAAAGAACCGAAACAAUAUCUGAGAUCGAAGAAGCUUAUGAAGCUAAAAAAGGAGACUUGACUGAACAAAUGCGUAGGAAACAUAAAGAUUCUGUUAAGUGGUCUAGAAAAUGGGGUAAAAAAUUAUAG